AUGUCCAUCUCGGCCCUGCUGCCGCUGCUGCUGCUGGGGGUGGUGGUGGUGGUGGGAGCCCAGCAGGAGAAGACCGUCUGCGCGGGCAUCAACGGGAUCCCCGGGCAGCCCGGAGCCCCGGGGCAGCACGGGACCCCUGGGGCCCCCGGGAGGGACGGUAGAGACGGCGUUACCGGAGCACCUGGAGCCAAUGGAGACCUCGGGGCUCGAGGCUUGACUGGGUACCCAGGUACGCCAGGCGAAAGAGGUGAGAAAGGCGAGCGGGGAGAGAGCGACGUGGGGCCCAGGUCGGCCUUCUCUGCGAAGGUCGGCACUUACACGCCGGCGGCCGGCUCCCCCGUGACGUUCAACGUCAUCAUCACCAACCCGCAGGGCCACUACAACCCCGGCACGGGGAAGUUCACCUGCGCUCACCCAGGCGUCUACUAUUUCACGCUGUACGCGCACCCCGGUGAAAAGCACCUCGUGAUUAUGAUCAUGAAAAACGGGAAGGUCAUCUCUAAGCUGUGUAGUAUAAACUUAGUCACAAUGAGUGGCAGCGUUGUGCUGAGUCUCAAAGCUGGGGACGAGGUGUGGCUGGAGUUGGAGGCUCCGCACAUUAGUUUUUUCAUCAACGUGCACAGAGACGCCGUGUUCAGCGGCUAUAUGCUGUACUCUGAGUGA